AUGACGAUGCCUCCAAUUUACUUAAACGCCGACUUUUCCUUCGUCGUCUCUUUUUCAGACAUGUUUUGGCUCUUUGCAGCAUUUUUGUUGGUGGUGCAUGUUGCGGCAGACAUAAAUGGUAUUUUCACAAACAUCAAUUCAAUUGUCGCCUCGUCGUCGGCCGCACUGACUUUAUACCCAGCGUCGACAUACUGGACCGCCACGGUUCAAUGGUCGAUUAAUGGAGCCAAUGUUAAUGCUGGUGACACGUUUGCAUUGCAUAUGCCUCAUGUGUUCAAAUUCACCUCAUCUUCGUCAUCAAUCUCACUUUCUGCUGGAGGAAUUACCUACGCUACAUGUACAUUUUUCAGCGGAGAGUUUAUGGUCAACUAUUCCGAACUUCAAUGUAAAAUUUCACCGGGAUUGAACUUCAAUGAUAUUGCCAUUGGGUCGGUGAUGUUCCCAAUCACAUUUGAUUCUGGAUUUUCUUCGUCAACUAAUGCUCUUGAAGCGGCUAAUACUUGGACCACCGGAACCAAUACCGUCACUUGGACAUUGGGGAGCUAUUCAAUUUCCACCACGGUGGAUUUCGAGGGUGGAACUCUGUCUUCAAGUCCGAAUCUUAGGGUUGCUGCUGCAAAAUUGGCACCUUCAUCUUCACAGGUUCAAUUUUAUUCUUUGGGAACUUCAUGUCCAUUUGAAACCCAAUCUGGUACACUUGGUAUCACUUUUAAAAAUGGUGGUCCUCCGUUACAAUGUAGCACAUUGACAGCUUCGUUUUCCAACCAGUUCAAUGAUUGGUACUUUCCACAAACUGCUUCCAGUUUAUCAUAUUCCGUGCUGUGUUCACUGAACCUGGUUAUGGUGACAUUUGCCGGAGUUCCUGCGGGCUCUCGUCCAUUUUUCAACAUCUUUGCUUCGCUGUUGCCAGUGGGCCGGAAUAGCGCAGUUUAUACCCUCAAGUACAGAUGUGGAAACGGCCCUUCUAACGACUAUAGUUAUGACCAAGGAUGGUCUAGUUACGAUAACGGAAACUCGGGUUCUCUGGGUGGAAAUUUUAUCAACACAAUAGUCACGAAAACUUAUACUGAUUUGACCACCAGGAUCUCAACUUUACCUUACAGUUCCACCGUGACUGGAGCCACCAGAACCAUUGAGGUGGGUGUUCCAGUUCCGACAAUUACCACCACGAAAACUUAUGCCGGUUCUAUUACAACCACCACCACCAUUUCUGCUACCCCAGGCCAAACUGGAACUGUGGAAAUUGAUUUGCCGGUUCCUACAAUUACCCUCACAUUGACAUGGACUGGAAUUUCCACCAUUAGCACUAUCACUGCUACUCCUGGACAAACCGGUACAGCUAUAAAUUACCUUCCUGUUCCUACAACUACAUUCACUAAAACUUGGAUCGGAUCAGUAGUCACUUCCAAGACAAUUCCUGCCGCUCCAGGUCAAACAGGAACUGUUGAGGUUGACGUUCCCGUUCCAACUACCACGGUAACUUCAACUUGGACUGGAGUUACGACUGUUAGUACAAUUCCAGCCACUCCUGGCCAAACUGGUACGAUAAUUAACUAUGUUCCUGUUCCUACAAUCACCUUCACCAAAACUUAUACCGGUUCUCAAACAACAACCAUCAUUGUUCCUGCUACUCCAGGACAAACUGGAACUGUCGAAAUUGAUGUUCCUGUUCCUACAACUACCAUUACUUCGACAUGGACUGGAUCAAUUCUCACCUCCAAAACUAUAACGGCCACUCCUGGACAAACUGGAACUGUUGAGAUCGAUGUUCCAGUUCCUACAAUUUCCUUCACCAAAACUUACACUGGUUCUCAAACAACCACCGUGACUGUUCCAGCUAUCCCAGGUCAAACCGGAACCGUUGAAAUUGAUGUGCCGGUUCCAACAACUACUGUUACUUCUACAUGGACUGGAAAUGUUUCUACAAUCAGCACUGUUACUGCUUCCCCAGGACAAACUGGUACAGUUAUCAACUAUAUACCAGUUCCUACUACGACUUUCACCAAGACAUGGACUGGCACAGUUGUUACUACCAAGACGAUUAUUGCUACCCCAGGACAAACUGGUACUGUUGAAAUUGAUGUUCCUGUUCCCACAUCCACUGUAACGUCGACCUGGACUGGAGUUGGCUCUACCAUUAGCACAGUUACUGCUACACCCGGUCAAACUGGAACUGUUAUCAACUACAUUACCGUUCCAACAACCACCGUCACUUCUACAUGGACAGGCUCACAAAUCACCACUAUUACUGUUCCUGCUACUCCAGGACAAACUGGAACCGUUAUUAUAGAGGUUCCAGUGCCCACCAGCACAACCACCAAAACCUGGACUGGUUCAGGAACCACCACCAAAACUGUCAGCGGCAGUCCUGGUCAAACAGGAACCGUUGAAGUUGACAUUCCUGUUCCAACAACCACCAUCGUUUCCACCUACACUGGUUCAGAUAUUUCCACCACAACCGAUACCGCUACUCCAGGUCAAACAGGAACAGUUAUUAUUGAAGUUCCUGUUCCAACAACCACUUUAACCAAAACAUACAAUGGUUCGGUUAUAACUACCACGACCAUUACUGCCACUCCAGGACAAACAGGAACUGUAAUUGUGGAAGUUCCAGUUCCUACUACAACAGUCACCUCAACCUAUACUGGUUCAGAGACAACAACCACCACCAUUCCUGCUGGACCUGGUGGUACUGGAACCGUUGUCGUUGAGGUACCAGUGCCUACAUUGACCACUACCAAGACUACUGGAUCUGUAACCACCACCACCACGAAAACUGCUGGACCUGGUCUGACUGGAACUGUUGAAAUCGAUGUUCCUGUUCCAACUACAACUUUUACUAGAACCAAUUCCGGAUCAAUUACUACCACAACCACAAUUGCAGCUGGUCCUGGUGAAACUGGAACCGUUAUAGUUGAUGUUCCAAUUCCAACAACUACUAUAACUGACUACUGGACUGGAAAAUCCACUGUCACCACCACCAAAACUGCCGGCAUUGGUGAAACAGGAACGGUUGAAAUAGAUCUUCCGACUCCAGUAACCACACUCACUUCAACCUGGACUGGACUGGAAAUUCUGUAUACAACCUACAGUGCAACCAAAAAAGGCGAUACCGCUACAAUUGUUGAAUACGAUCCAGUUCCAACUUCAACCAUCACUACAACUUGGACAGGAUCUGGAAAUACCACGGUUACUGUCCCAGCUGUACCAGGUGAAACUGCUACCGUAAUUGUUGAGCUUCCUAUUCCUGUGACCACUGUUACAUCGACUUGGAAUGGUUCAAGAGUCUCCACAACCACCAUCAAGGCUCUGCCAGGUGGGACCGAUACCGUUGUAAUUGAAACCCCAUCUCCAACUACAACAUUAACCACCACUUGGACAGGCUCAGGAACCACCUCCACUACCAUUAGUGGUGGUCCUGGAGGAACCAAUACCGUUCUUGUUGAGCUUCCAAUUCCUAUUACCACAGUUACUUCUACAUGGACCGGUUCUGAUGUUUCUACCACCACCAAAAAGGCAUCUCCUGGAGGAACCGAUACUGUGAUUGUGGAGAUUCCAACUCCAACAACAACUAUCACUGCUACUUGGACUGGAUCCAACAUUACCACUACAACUAUUACUGGUGGACCAGGUCAGACCAAUACUGUCAUCGUCGAAGUUCCAAUUCCCACCACAGUAAUUACUUCUACUUGGACCGGUUUAAAAAUAUCUACAACUACCAUUACUGGUGGUCCGGGAGAAACCAAUACUGUCAUUAUUGAAGUUCCUACUCCAACAACUACUCUAACUUCGACUUGGACUGGAAGUAACAUUACCACUACAACUAUUCCUGCUACUUUAGGCGGAACUGCCACGGUUAUCGUUGAGGUUCCUACUCCAACUACCACAAUCACUUCAACAUGGACUGGUUCGAAUAUUUCAACCACCACCAUUACUGGUCGUCCAGGUGAAAGCAAUACCGUGGUUGUCGAAGUUCCAACUCCAACAACUACCGUCACUUCUACCUGGAAUGGAACUGUUACCACUACCACCACCAUCACUGGAAGACCUGGCGAGACUAACAUCGUUCUUAUUAGAGUACCAUCACCAACCAUUACCAUCACCAAGACUUACGCUGGAAAUGUAACAGCCACCACCACCUGGCUUGCUGGCGUUGGAGAGACUGGAACUGUUGAAGUUGAUGUCCCAGUUCCUACAACUACAAUCACCCAAACCUAUACUGGAUCAGUAAUCUCCACCACCACAUUUCCAGCUGGUCCUGGUGAAACAGGAACCGUUAUAGUUGAUGUUCCAAUUCCAACAACCACCAUUACUGACUACUGGACUGGAAUAUCCACCAUCACCACCACCAAAUCUGCCGGUAUUGGAGAAACAGGGACCGUGAAAAUUGACCUUCCAACUCCGGUAACUACCCUAACUUCAACCUGGACUGGACUGGAAACCAUGUACACCACCUACAGCAAUAUCACCAAGGGUGGAACCGUUACCAUCAUAGAAUACGACCCAGUGCCAACCACCGUUGUUACCUCAACAUGGACUGGAAAUGGUACUACUAGCACAACCGUUACUGCUCUACCAGGCAAAACCGCUACUGUGAUUGUGGAAGUUCCUAUUCCAUCCACUACUAUCACAAGCACCUGGACCGGAUCCGAAGUCAGUACCACAACCAUCAAGGGACUUCCUGGAGGAACAGACACUAUAAUUGUUGAGGUACCUACACCAACCACAACUGUUACAUCAACCUGGACUGGUUCUGCAAUUUCUACAACUACGAUUACCGGAGGACCAGGAGAAAGUAAUACAGUUGUGGUUGAAGUUCCAAUUCCUAAUACGACGGUGACAUCUACUUGGACGGGAGCUAACACAAGCACAACCACAUUGACUGGUAGUCCUGGUGGAACGAACACGAUUAUUGUUGAGGUUCCAACUCCUACAACUACACUUACUUCUACUUGGACAGGCUCUGAAAUCUCAACGACAACUUUGAAAGGUGGACCUGGUGGAAGUGAUACAGUAAUUGUUGAAGUUCCUACUCCUACUACUACUGUCACUUCUACUUGGACAGGUUCUGAAACUACUUCGACUACUAUUACUGGAAGACCCGGCGAGAGUAACACUGUCGUUGUUGAGGUACCUAUACCAACAACUACUCUCACAUCCACUUGGACUGGUUCAGAAGUUACCACAACUACUAUAUCUGCCAGCUUGGGCGGAACUGCUACGGUUAUUGUUGAGGUACCAACACCCACAACCACCAUAACUUCUACUUGGAAUGGAACUACUACCACAUCCACUACCAUCACAGGAGAACCAGGCCAAAGUAAUACUGUCAUUGUUGAAGUUCCAACUCCUACCACUACCAUUACGUCUACAUGGACUGGAUCAGAAACAUCCACAACCACAGUUAAAGGUGGACCAGGUAGCUCAGACACCGUUAUAGUUGAAGUUCCAACACCUACAACCACACUCAUGUCUACUUGGACCGGCUCAGUAACUUCAACCACGACCAUUACUGGUGGUCCAGGAGAAAGCAACACAGUCAUCGUUGAGGUGCCAACUCCAAGAACUACCCUCACCUCCACUUGGAAUGGAACUGUAACCACCACUACCACGUUCUCCGCUCUGGUAGGAGGCACUGAAACAGUAAUUGUUGAAAUUCCAUCAAGCACUUCGGCUAUUUUCACUUCUGCUUCAACUUCCGAGUCCAGCUCUGCUUCAUCUAGUGCUUCAUCUAGUCUUACAUCCAGCAUUGUUUCUUUGGUUUCCGUUUCCAGCACUGCUUCAUCAGCUUCAUCGAGUUCAUCAGCUUCCGAUUUUAGUUCGACUUCAGACUCAUUUGUAUCUUCAGCACUCAACUCAAACCCUCCUUCGUCUUCAUCGGAAUCUGACUCCAGUUCUGUUUCGUCAGAAUUUCCAUCGAUCAACCUCAGCUCCGCCAUAUUGAGCUCGUCCUCUUCCGAACACUCACUUAGCUCUUACGCUAACAGCUCAAUUGCCCUGUCGAGUGCAUCACUCCCUACCAGUUCAAUUCCUGUGAGUUUGACCAGUGACUCCACAUCUUUUGGAUCUUCUACACCUGCACCAUCCAUCAGUAUUACUUCUGGCUCGUCCGCAACGUCUGAGAUGAUACUCUCAUCCAGUGUGUCACAAUCUUCAAGCCCUUCAUCUGUUGCGUCAGGAUCAUCAUCCAGUGUUUCAGAAUCUUCGUCAAUCGUCUCAGGCUCGUCUAGUGUGUUCCCAUCUAGUUUGUCGUCAUCGAUAAUUUAUCCAACCAGUGUUUCCCCAGAAUCGACCAUUGUCACACCAGUGCAAUCUUCCUCUGCAAGUGCUUCAUCGAUAGUUAUUUGCAGAAGAGACGGUUCCAACUGUAUUACCGUGGACCCUUCAUCUGUUUACUCCUAUUCAAACAGAAAGACAUCUUCGACGCAAAGCUCUAGCACUGCAUCGGUAACAAGCUAUUCCAACGGAAAUGGUGAAACUGAAACUUCCACACCAACUAUUGCAGUAACUGACAUCAUUACAAGUACUACAAAUGGACCUGGUACUUCGAGAUCAACAAGCAACUCAUCAAGUUCAUCAGCUGUUCCAACAGGAGGUUCUAGAGGUUCUGGAAAUGGAGGAAAUGGAGACCCUUACAAUGGAGGAGAUCCAAGUGGAGGAACUCAAAGUAACGGAGGAGACCCUAGUAGCAAUGGUGGAUCCGCCAGUGGAGACUCCAGCAACAACGGUGGAUCCGGUAAUUCUGGUAACAACGGUUCAGGUAACGGAGAAACUUCUGGUAACAAUGAAUCAGGAAACGGAGGAAACUCCAUUAGCAAUGGUUCUGAAAACAGCCCUAACAACGGAGGGUCUGGAAACAGUUCUGGUCACGGUUCAAAAACUGGAUCCGAAACCGGUGAGCCAACGGGCUCAUCUACUCCUUCUUCAUCACCAAAUGUUUACGAAGGAGCUGCUGCAUCACAUACCGUCUCAUGGAGUAUGCUUACAUUCUUCAUGAGUAUGGUCGUUUUCAUCAAUUUAUGA